UUCUUGCCCAAUCUUAGCACUCAUUUUAUUCUUGUCAUAGUUCACGCACACUCAUUUUACGUUUAGGGAGUUGCAGUACUGCAAUUUGAUCACCACUGCUUUUAAGUAUUGGACUAGGAGCCGGGAGACGCCAAUCCAAGCUUGCAUUCAAUAGCGGAAGCGACUCUGGGCCAACCCCUCUCUCAGCCCAAGCUACCCCGCAGGGUUGUUGUUGAAAAAGUAGUUUUUCUCUGAGCUCCCAGAGAAAAACCAGAAUGGAAACGUAGUAAAAUCAAGAAAUGAGCGUGCCCACCGCAGCAACCACCCGUUUUUCGGCUGGCGCCUUGUAAAGCCUCUCUGCGAAGCCUCGAGGUGGCUCUUAGUGGAAAGCGGCGGCGCGGACGUCACUUUCCCCGGCCGCAUGUUUACGUGGAGCUGAAGAUGGCGGCGCCGGGGCCAUGGACGAGCAGGAGAGGCAGAAGAAGCUGGAGGCCGGCAAAGCCAAGCUUGCACAGUUUAGACAACGAAAAGCACACUCUGAUGGGCAGCAUGCACUGAAGAAGCAGAAGAAGAAAAAAAAGAUAUCAAAAAUCAGAGAUGAAGAAUUGGUACAAGGAGGUCUGGAUAUUAACCAAUUGCAAACAGAAGAUGCAUCCCCACAUAGCUAUCAAAGAGGAGCAGCUGCUACAUCUGAAUCUGUUGUAGUGAGAACUUUACACAGUGAUGAGAUGAUCAAGCAUGAUCAAACAUAUACCACAGAUCUGGAAAGUGAGACUUCUACUGCAGCAGAUGAUUACAGCUCAGAGAUAAAUGGUGGCAAUUUUUUGACAAGAACAGAUGUACCUUCUGACUUUACUAGGGAAGAAGAGUUGGAAUUUGGAGAGAAGUAUACUGAUCAUGAGGUGCAGAAUACUGUAACAGAACUGGAGAUGAUGAAGAAUGAAUUAGCUGGAAAGCAGCAAGAGAUUGAAGAGCUAAAUAAAGAGCUAGAAGAAAUGAGGGCAGCGUAUGGUACAGAUGGAUUGCAACAGCUGCAGGAAUUUGAAACUGCUAUCAAAAAAAGAGACAACAUUAUAACUCAGCUCACUGCUAAUCUGCAGCAAGCCAGGAAGGAAAAGGAUGAAACUAUGAGGGAAUUUUUGGAAUUGACAGAACAAAGUCAAAAACUGCAAAUUCAGUUUCAGCAUUUGCAGGCAAGUGAAACUUUAAGGAACACUAGUCACAGCAGUACAGCUGCUGACCUACUACAGGCUAGGCAACAGAUAUUUGCAUAUCAGCAACAGCUCGAAGAACAGGAGCAGCUGUUGAGGAACUAUCAGAAGAAAAAUGAUGACUUUGAAGUACAGGUUUCUCUUCUGCAACAGAAAAUCACUGACUUGGAAAAAUGGAAAGCUGAAGAAGAUUGUUCUAAGAAGAAGAAAAUGCAAGAACAACAAACAACUAUUGAAGAACUGGAAGCAAAACGUAUAGAACAAGAAGAAAAUAUAUUUCUUUAUCUGAAAAAAUUAUCAAUUGCUGAGAAAUCUCUAGAGGAAUUAAAAGAAGAGACCUUUCAAAAGAAUCAAGAGAUAUAUAAUGUGAGGCUUGAACUAACAACUUCUAAACAAAAAGAAAGGCAAUGUUCUGAUGAAAUAAAACAGUUAAUGGGAACUGUGGAAGAGCUGCAAAAGCAGUGUCACAAAGAUACCCAGCAUGAGAAUGAUAUUAUACAAAAAAUGGAACUUGAAGCCCAAAGGAAACUUGCAGACCUCAGGGCAGAAUUAGAGGAAAUGCAUGGCCAGCAGAUUGUACAACUGAAGCAAGAGUUAAUUAGAGAACAUUCAACAGAAAUUGAAAAGCUCCUUGCCCAACAAAAAGCAGAUCUAGAGAGAACUUCGAAUUUAUGCUCUGAUAAUACUAAUGAAGACCAAAUACACUUAAUGAGUAUUGCAAUUAAUGACCUGAAUCAGAUGCUUCAGGAUGCUAAUUAUCAGAGAGAAAAAGUAAAACAAGAAUUGUCUGAACAGGUUGAACAGUUGUCCUUGGAAAAAUCUUCUCUUCAAAAUCAAGUGGAAGAUCUUUGUCAAGAGCUGAGCUUUGCAAGAGAACAAAUUCAAAGAGUUAAGAAGACUAUAAAUGAAAAAGAAUCCAAAUUACAGGAAGUAGACAUGUUAAAAAUCAGUAUUGGAGAUCUAAAAGCCCAACUUGCUUCAGCCUCCGAGAUCAGGGAAGAACUAGAAUUAAAACACGAGGCAGAAGUUACAAACUACAAAAUAAAACUUGAAAUGCUACAAAAAGAAAAGGAUGCUGUUUUGGAUAGGAUGGCAGAAUCUCAAGAAGCAGAACUAGAGAGAUUGAGGACUCAGCUUUUGUUCAGUCAUGAAGAAGAGUUAUCAAAACUUAAAGAUGAUUUACAAGUAGAGCAUAAAAUAAAUAUUGAAAAUCUUAAAGAUAAUAUGGCUAUGCAAGCUAAACAGCAAUUAGAUGAUUUACAAAAUGAAAUGAGCAAAAAAAUAGAAGAUGUGCAGUUUGAAAAUGACAACUUAAUAAAAAAUCAGAAUCAACUCACAUUGGAAAUAUCAAGACUAAAAGAUUUACAUCAGUCUACUGUAAACUCUAACUCCAAAGAAAUGAUGCUUCUGGUACAUAACCUCCAGAAAGAGAUAGAAGUUCUUAAACAAGAAGAAAGGGAAAAUGGUAUACUUGAACGGGAAGUUCAGGAGUUACAACUUAAAACAGAAUUACUUGAGAAACAAAUGAAAGAGCAAGUUCAUUGUCUUCAAGAAAAGUAUUUAUUGCUUGAAGCACAAAAUAAUGUUCUUCAAGGUGAAAAUAAGGUUCUGCAAGAGAAAUUAAACAAAUACACAUUUAGAAAUGUGGAAGAGAACUUGAUUUUAACUAGUGGCAUUAGUUCUAAGACAGAGGAUUUUGAUUUACAAAAAAGAAUAGAAAAAUUAAUAGCUGAAAAUGAAAAACUUGUACAACAAGAUAUUAAACAGAAGGAAGAGAUUGAUACACUGAAGCACUCUUUUUCAUUUGCUGAAAUAAGUUUUAAGCGUAAUUACCAAGAACUCCAAGAAAAUUAUGCUUCCCUUUUAAUGGUAAAAUUGGAUUUAGAAGAGAGCAAGGACAAGAAUGAAGCUGAAUAUAAAAUCAAGCUCCAGGCUUUGAUGGAAAAGAUCCAGCAUUUACAAGGAGAUUUUCCAACUGGGUUGGAAACUCAAAGUACAGUUGUUCACAGUAAGAGAGAAAAAGUUUUAAAAUCAGAGAUAUUUGAUUUUGAGGAAGUUGUAGAAAAAGACACCACAGAACUUAUGGAAAAACUUGAGGUCACUCAACGUGAGAAGUUAGAACUUUCAUUAAGACUUUCAGAUCUUUCUGAACAGUUAAAAUUAAAGCACAGUCAAAUCUGCCAAUUAAAUGCAGAAGUUAUGUGUCUAAAACAAGAUAAAGAACACAUUUCAGCAAGGUGUAAAGAACUAGAAAUUGUAGUUAGUCACAGACUGGAGGAGAAUAUGAACUCUUAUGAACAUGAGACAAAAAACUCCAGUGGAGAACGAGCCAAAGACCAGUCUACAGUUAGUGAACCUGGAAACUUUAUUUCUGACCCCAAACAAGAAAUUGACAGAUCAAUAAGAGAAAAAGAAGGGAAAUUAAUAUCAAGCCAACUUUUGGCUCCUAACAUUCCAGCGGAAGAGAUACUUCAACAAAAGCUAAGUCCAGAACCAGAAUCACUGUUGGAUAACGUUAAUCAAAUGCAUGAUGAAAUGACAGGAGAUUCUGUGUGUGUGAACUUUAUGCAAGGUGAAAACAAGGUUAAGGAACAGCUGGAUAUGUUGAAAGCUGAACAGAGUGAUUUAAAGCUGCAGAUGGAGGCCCAGCGUAUUUGUCUCUCUCUGGUUUACUCGGCUCAUGUGGACCAGGUGCGCGAAUAUAUGGAAAAUGAAAAAGAGAAUGCACUUUCUGCUCUUAAAGAAGAGCUCCAGCUACGUCAUACACAAGAGUUGUAUGAGCUUAAGAAAAAUCAGAUUGUGAAGGAUCAAAAAACAGAUGAAGAAGACCAGUCUGCAUGGGUGCAUCUUGAAGAACUUAGCAAGACAAUAGUUGAAGAAUGUUCAAAGCUCACUAAGUCAGUACAUGAAAUUCUUCCUGAACAUUUUUCAAAUGCUGUUGAACUUGGUGUUGGUGAGAGAAAUCAAUCUAACUCAGCAUUAAUGCCAACAGAAGACCUUCAAGUUUUGCAAGAAACCUUACAAAGUCUUCUGAAUAAUAUAAUGGAAAAGUCCCAGAGGCUGCUGGAAUAUCAAGUAGAAUUCAUAAAAAGCAGAAAAAAGAUUGAAGGCCAGCUGACAUACCCUGCUGAUUAUAAUGAAAAAGAGACUGGCUGUCUUCAGCAGAAUGUAGAAUGUUUGCCUACUGUAUCUCAGGAUCUUGUUGGUAUUAAAGUUAAGUCAGUUUGUCAGGAAGAAGUAGAGAACUUGAAAUUUCAGCUUGAAGAACAACAUGCCCAAGAAAUUGAGCAUCUUCGAUCAUAUUUCCAUCAGCAGUUAAAAGAAACUGAGGAAAAAUAUUUUGCAGAGAUAGUUCGCUUACAGAAUAGACUCCAAAUUGCCAGCAAGUCUUCUGAAAGUUUCAGUGCUUCUGUGGAGUCACAUGUAAAUGAAGUUACGCAGAAAGAAAAGCAUGCUGAAAGUGAUAUUCAGAAAAGUGCUGGGAAGAUAGUAGAGUUUUCUGAUGAAGCUGGUGUGACUGAAUUGCUGGAAAAACAGUACCAAGAAAAGCUGUUACAAGAAGUGGCAAAGGUGGUUGUAACCCUGAGUGUAGAAUUUGCACAGAAAAAUGAACUGGCAAGGAUUGCCAAUCUAAAGGAAGAGGAAAUUUCACUGAUGAAACCAAUAGGAACUCAGCUGGAAAAUAAUUACCAUAGAAAGGAAUACCCAGAAGAAUUAAAUAGUCAUAUAAAUGAGAAGAGAUGCACUGAGUAUGAAGAAUUGUGUGGUAAAAUGUCAUCACUUGAAGGACACUUUGAACCUGAUGCUAAACAUGGUACAAUAUAUAAAGUGCCACAUUUUAAUCUAAAGCUUUCAACAGACUCUCCCUCCCAUGAAGAAGAAAUUAUUGAAAAGAUAUCUAUGAUUACAAAUGAAGUUUCAACUUCCAGCACUGUUACUUCAAGCCAGAUACUGUUGUAUGAGGAGCGUCUGGAAGAUAUGCGUCAAGAGCUUGUCCGUCAGUAUCAAGAACAUCAGCAGGCAACAGAAAUAUUGAAACAGAGUCACAUACAACAAAUGGAGAGGCAGAAAGAAAAUCAAGAGCUUCUCCUAGCAGAGCUUGAUAAUCUUAAAGUACAGUUAGCAGAGAAUGUCACAUUGGAUAAUGAAAAUGCCAUAACAGAAAGAGAACAAAUGCUUUUAGAUGAACUAGAAUCAUUAAAGAAGCAAUUAAUAUCUGGGAGAGAGAAGCAACUCUCUGAGCUAAAAAACUGCAGUACUCAAACACAGAAUGAAAGUGUAAAUCAGUCUGAAACUAAAGAACAUAUUUUACAAGUUGAAGAUGCAGAAGAAGAACAUGAACAAACUUCUCUGGACAUUCUUUCAAAAGAAAGAUGUGCCUUGCAGAAAGCCAGUAACAGACUGGUGAAUAUUCUGUUGGAUAUUGUGAAGACUACUGUAGCUGUGGAAGAAACAAUUGGACACCAUGUUGUGAAACUGCUAGAUCAGUCAUCAAAAUCUCAGUUCCCUUUUAAAAGUCUUGCAUGGGAGGCAAGAGCAGAAGACAUCAUAAAACCAAGCAUCUAUGUGGGAUACCAACCAGGUACUUGCA